AAUGGCCUCGCCAUUUAUCUGAAAGUGCAAGUGUUUAUAAAAUCAAAUUUUAAUGUUAUUAAAAUACAAAUGAAAUAAGAGAAAACUGAUUUAAAAGCAUUCAACGAUAAGAUCGCUUGAAAACUCAUAAUUGUGAUACCAAGUGGAGUAAAAUGUACACAUCUUUACAAAUAUACAUAAUCGGGACAUAACUUUAGAAGAGAACAUGCACAUGAUACAUAUUCAAUAUAAACCAGUUACCAGCACAGAUUACAAAAUGCAAAAGGAGGCUUUUAUGAGACAAAAGGUAAUAUACCCCGGAAAAGAAUUGAUGGAAAUAUUAUGUUCUUGAAAGUGGAUGUAUUUCAAACGGUAAUCUGAAAUGACAUUGAACAAAAUAGUAACACAGUGUUGAGAUUGUUGUCACAGCAGCAUAUAUUAGAAUGUAUACAGGAGGAAAACGCAUUGUAAUUUUGCAUGGACUAAAGUGAGUUUGUAAGGAAGGAACAGGGAAAAUAUAAAAGAGAGAAGUGCUUUAAUUCUUAUGUUUGUGAUUACGCUUGUUAUCACAACGAUAUACUGAAGAAACAUAAGAGAAUUUACACUGGAGAGAAAUGCCUUCAAUGUCUUUGUAACGGAAGAUAUAUUCUGAGAAUAGAGAUGGAGAACACACGCAGGAAAGGAAUGCUAUAAAUAUAUUUGUGAUUAUAUAUUAGAUAUUAAGAAUAGUCUGACAACAUAUAUGACAAUGUAUUCAGGAGAGAAAUGCUUUAAAUGUAAUCUAUGUGAUUAUGCAUGUAAUCGAGGAAGUACUCUGAAAAGACAUACAAGAGUACAUUCAGCAGAAAAAUGUUUUAAAUGUGAUGUUUGUGAUUAUGCAUGCAAUUAUAGAAGUGGUCUGAAAAGACAUAUGACAAUACAUACUGGAGAAAAACGUUUCAAGUGUGAUCUCUGUGAUUAUGCAUGUAAUGAAAGCAGUAAUCUAAAAACACAUAUGAGAAAACACACAGGAGAAAAACGUUUCAAAUGUGAUGUUUGUGAUUAUGCAUGUAAUGAAAGCAGUAAUCUAAAAACACAUAUGACAAAACAUACAGGAGAACAAUAUUUUCAAUGUGAUGUUUGUGAUUUUGCUGGCAAUCAAAGAACUCAGAAAAGUCAUACAGGUAUGCAUACUGGAGAAAAUUAUUGUAAAUGUGAUUAUGCAUGUUAUCAACGCUGUCAAUGGAAGAAUCGUAUGAUAAAAUAUCAAGGAGGGAAACGUUUUAAAUGUGGUGUCUGUGAUUUUGCAUGUUAUUUUAGUAGUAAACUGAAAAUGCAUAUGGCAAUACAUACUGGAGAAAAGCGCUUUCAGUGCAAUGUUUGUGAUUAUGCAUGUAAUUAUAGUGGUCAUCUAAAUAGGCAUAUGACAAAACAUGAAAGAGAAAAAUGGUUUAAAUGUGAUGUAUGUGAUUAUGCGUGUAAGACAAGUAGGAAUCUGAAAAUACAUAUGACAAUACAUACUGGAGAAAAGCCCUUUAAGUGCAAUGUUUGUGAUUAUGCAUGUAAUUAUAGUAGUAAUCUAAAAAUACAUAUGAUAAAACAUACUGGAGAAAAGCGCUUUAAGUGCAGUGUUUGUGAUUAUGCAUGUUAUUAUAGUUAUAAACUAAAAAUGCAUAUGACAAUACAUGAAGAAGUAAAAUGUUUUAAAUGUGAUGUUUGUGAUUAUGCGUGUAAGACAAGUAGGAAUCUUGAAAGACAUAAGAUAAGACAUACAGGAGAAAAGCCCUUUAAGUGUGGUGUUUGUGAUUAUGCAUGUUAUCUUAGUCAGUCUCUGAAAAUGCAUAUGACAAAACAUACUGGAGAAAAGCGCUUUAAAUGCAGUGUUUGUGAUUAUGCAUGUAAUCAAAGAGGUAAUCUAAAAAUGCAUAUGACAAGACAUGAAGGAGCAAGACGCUUUAAAUGUGAUGUUUGUUAUUAUGCGUGUAAGGCAAGUAGGGACCUGAAAAAACACAUGAUAAGACAUACAGGAGAAAAGCGCUUUUAAUGUGUUUGUGAUUAUGCAUGUAACCGUAGUGAAAAUCUAAAAAGACAUAUGACAAUACACAAAGAAGAAAAAGUGCUUUAAAUUGACUAAUGUUUGUGACUAUAUAGAUGCUUGUUAUAAAAGUGGUAGUUUGCAGAGACUUAAGAGAAUACAUGUAGAAGAUAAAUGCUUUCAGUGUGAUGUUUGUGCUUAUGCAUCAAUUCAAACCUGAAGAGACAUCUGGAGAACACAUUCAUGAGGAAAAUGCUUUAAAUGCUUUAAAUGUGAUGCGUGUGUCUAUGCUUACAAAGACAACAGAAGUCUGAAGAAACAGAGGAGAAUACUUACUGGAAAGUAGUCCUUUAAAUGUGAUAUUUGUGACUACAUAUCAAACCAAAGCAUUCAUGUGAAGAUAUUUGUGAGAACACACAUGAAUGUGAUUGUUUUAGUUAUGCUGUUAAUCACAGGUAACAUGAAGAGACAUAGGAAAAUACAUACAUAAAACAAAUGCUUUAAAUGUAAUGUUUGUGGCUAUGCAAUGUUUGGCAAUUAAAACUGUCCCGGUCAAUACUCCCCCAAGUGUUCAGUGCUGGUCAAUACUGGUGGAUUUGUCAAUACUGGUCAGUUAGUCAAUACUGACUGUUGCGAUGUUUUGCAUAGUUUAUGAACAAUAAUAUAAUGACUGUUUAAGAGCAUUUGGGGCAUGAUUAAGGUGAAUGCAGACAUAAUCAUUUAGUAAGCAACCUAAUCAAUACUAAUAAAGUCAGAAGCGGUCGAUUGGUCAAUACUGAUUGAUAUUGGUCAUGUUACAUUAAAUAGCAAUGUGCAUUUUUCCGCGUGGAGGACAAAAUCCCCUGCGGUCUAAUCUCCCUUAGCCCACUUCUGUAUAGGCAGACAAAACCCCCUUUCAUCUUUUUUUUUACAAAGAGAACAGAACGAGGGGUGAAUAAGUGCUUUUUUAUUUAUAUGCACUUUUCGCAUUCACCCCUUGAAAAGCUCCUUUACUGAAUCUUAUAAAGUGGGUAUUGUCAUCUUUCUGAAAAAAAAGCAAAGUGGGUUUUGUCGUCUUUCUGACAAAAAAGCGAAGUGAAGUUUGUCCUUGUAAAAACACAAAAGGGUCUUUGUCCUACAUGUAAAAUUCAGCAAAGUGGGUUUUGUCUGCUGGGGAUUUUCUCUGAAUCCCUAUUUCUCUAAAAAAAAAUAUCACAGUUAAUUGAAGUACUGCUGAUUUAACUUAACUUUAUUUGUAGAAAGUGUUUCAUAAACUGUAGAAGUUAGUAUUUAAUUCACAAGUGAUAUAUCUUAUUAUACCCCCUUCGAAGAAAGAGGGGUAUAUUGUUUUGCAGAUGUCAAGCGGUCGGUCGGAAUGUAGACCAAUCCGUCUCCGGCUGAUAACUCAAGAACGCUUGGGCCUAGGAUCAUGAAAGUUGAUAGGGAGGUUGGUCCUCACAAGCAGAUGACCCCUAUUGAUUUUCAGAUCUGUAUGUCAAAGGUCAAGGUCACAGUGACCCUGAUUAGUAAAACGGUUUCCGGAUGAUAACUCAAGCACCCUUGGGCCUAGGAUCAUGAAAGUUGAUAGGGAGGUUGGUCAUGACCAGGAGAUGACCCGUAUUGAUUUUGAUGUCAGUGUGUCAAAGGUCAAAGUCACAGUGACCCUGAACAGUUGAACGGUUUCCGAAUGAUAAUUCAAGAACGCUUGGGUCUAGGGUCAUGAAAAUUGAUAAUGAGGUUGGUCAUGACCAGCAAAUGACCCCUAUUGAUUUUGAGGUCAUUAGAUCAAAGGUCAAGGUCACAUUUGCCAGGAACAGUUAAACGGUUUCUGAUCUUCUUGUCCAAAACAACAGGGCCUAGGGCUUUGAUACAAAUGUAUUUGGUAUGUAGCAAAAUCUAGUGGUCCUCUACCAAGAUUGUUCAGAUUAUUUCCCUGGGGUCAAAUAUGGCCCCACCCCGGGGGUCACAUGGUUUAUAUAGACUUAUAUAGGGAAGAACUUUGAAAAGCCUCUUGUCCAAAACCACGGGUCCAUAUUUGGUAUAUGACAUCAUCUAGUGGUCCUCUACUAAGAUUGUCCAAAUUAUUCCCCUAGGGUCAAAUAUGGCCGCGCCCUGGGAGUCACACGGUUUACAUAGACUUGUAUAGGGAAAAUCUUUGAAAAUCGUCUUGUCCAAACCACAAAGACUAGGGCUUUGAUAUUUGUAAUGUAGCAUCAUCUAGUGGUUCUCUACCAAGUUUGUUCAAAUUAUCCCUCUAGGGUCAAAUAUGGCCUCACCCCGGGGGUCACAUGGUUAAUAUAGACUUAUAUAGGGAAACACUUAGAAUCUUCAUGUCCGUAACCUAUAUCAUUCAAAUUUGGACCACAUGUAUUGUUUUGAGUGGCAAGAUGAACCUUGACAUGAGUUGACCUUGAUCUUGACCUGGUGACCUACUUUCACAUUUCUGUAGCUACAGACUUCAAAUUUGGACCACAUGCAUAGGUUUAUGUACCGAAACCAACUUUGACCUUGUUAUUGACCUAGUGACCUACUUUCACAUUUUUGAAGGUACAGGCUUCAAAUUUGGACCACUUGCACAGUUUUGUGUUCCGAAAUGAAAUUUGACCUUGAUUUUGACCUAGUGACCUACUUUCACAUUUCUCAAGCUACAGCCUUCAAAUUUGGACCACAUGCAUAGUUUUAUGUACCGAAUUGAAAUUUGACCUUGAAAUUGAUCUAGUGACCUACUUUCACAUUUCUGAAGCCACAGCUUUCAAAUUUGGACCACAUGCACAGUGUUUUGUACUGAAUGAAAUUUGACCUUGAUUUUGACCUUGAGCUAGUCUUGAAAUUUGAAACGUUCAAAAAUGGCUCAGUGGUGGGUGUCAAGAUUACUCUGUGAUCUCUUGUUAGGUUAAUAGGUUAAAGGUCAAGGUCAGAUUGAACCAGAACGGUAGAACUUUUGUUUACAGUGAGCAUACAAUUUCUGUUCCUUGUGCAAUUACUAAAUGCAUCAAGGGGGGCAUUGCGUGUUCUACGAGCUCUUGUUAUUUUAGUGUUAUGAUUUAAUGAAAAAAUGCUGUUAAAACUUGGACCAUUUCAUGAAAAUGGUUAGAGUGGUUAGUUGUAUUUAGAUAGCAAUUGUCACAUUGCUUAAUUGACCCAAUGUCUUACAAUAUGCAACAGAUAUGUUGCUGACCUGUCUUUUUAGUCACAAAUCGGCUGUCAUGGUCAAUAAUCCCACUUUUUUAAAAGAGAUGCUUGAACAUGUUAACUUUGUUAUAAUAAACAAAUUAGAUAUGCAAUCAAAGUAUUUUACGGACCAGUGUUGACCACUAUAUGUAUUGAUCAGUGAUACUGAGUAGGACCCAAAUUUGAAAUGACAAGUACUGUCCAUUUAAACGAGUGUAAUUUAUAGUAAUAAAAACUUGAUACAGUUUAAAAUAAAGUCUACUGUGAGAAGAUAAAAGCAUUGAAUAUACUAGUAUUGACCCGUCACUCGGACAAUACUUCAAGUAUUGUCCAAAAAUUGAGCCUGACCAGGACAAAUUGCCAAGGACCAGAAUUGAGUCGACCAAUAUUGACCACUAUACUUCUUAAUCAUGUUUAUGAACAAAAUUUUAUAUUAUUCAAAUUGCUUUAUUAUUUUUAUAUUACUGUUACAGCCUAUGCUAAGCUCUGAUUGUAAAUUAGGUAGAAGUGUUGAAUAAACCAGUAUUGACCGCUCAAGAGUGACCAUAGUAUUGAAUUGACCAGUGGUCAUCUCUGGACACUGUGUGAAAAGGUAAGAAGGAGAGUGUGAAAAACAUUGUGAUACUAAAUAGUAUAAAAUUUUAUAGCUUAUGAAUUUGAAACAACUCUGUUCAAGCAUCAUUGAAGUCAUUACACAAUCAAACAUGAGACAAAAACGUUUGAAUUAAAAUACAUAUAAAAUAUAAACUAAAAAGUUUGAAAUAGACAUACAGAAAAGUAUUUGUAGCUUAAAACUUGUCAUACAGAUUCAAACUUAGAUACUAAAUCAAUUAUUUUUUGGCUCUGAAGUUACGAAAAAAAAGAAACAUGAAUUAUACUUUAAAACAUAACUGUAAUUACUUAAACAUGCCAUUUUUGUAAUCAGUGUGCGAAGUAAGCAAUUUGGUUUCACAUUAGAACACAUCAAGACAGGGUUGUUUUCAAUUUCAAAGAAACUGUAAAGCAUAAUGUUUACUGUCAGUCUGUUGAAAUACAUAAAAAUAGUGUAAUUUUAAAGCUUACCUUUAAGUAGUCAAUAAUGCUUCUGUUAAAACACUCAUUAUUUCUAAAGAAUUUCAAGUUAGAGUUAUUCUUUGCACUAAAAUUAGUCUCAUUUUUAUUAGUCAUUCAUGAAAUUCAUUCUGAGUUAAGGUAGGUCUUUCUGCAUUUCUGUCAUAGUCAUUCUGGAUUAAUGCUGAAUUAAUUUCGCUGCCAUUAUAGUUACUUGUACAUAAUGUUAAAAUAUACUAGUAAAUUGAAUAUUAAUUUAAAAGUACUUGAUAUUUCUUCACUAAAUGUACAUGCAGUUUUUUGAAAAAAAGGGGAAAUGUAUAUAGGGCUGUCAUCGAUAGAAACGAUAUCGAUGUAUCAACGAUAUUUUUUUGUCGAUCGAUUAUCGAUUCCCAUUUUCAAAAAUCGAUAUUUUACAGAUAGAAAAAAACUACCCAAAUAAACACUCAGACCCUAAAAACCAACUAAAGUUCAAAAAGUUGUAAAUUUGGAUAAAUGCAAAAAAGGAGUGAAGGCAAAAUAAAAAUGAAAGAUGUUAUUAAUUUUUAUGUAUUUCUUUUAUUUCAUAAAUACAAAUACAACACAAUCAAACAGAAAUAUGGAAAGUAGGCAAUAAAACUUAAAAUAGCAUUUACAGGAAGAUAUAUUGUAUGCAUAUGAACAAAUAGGUCGUUAAUCUAACUUAAUAAUCAAUAUAUCGAUGUAUCGUCGAUAUUUGUCUUCUGAUAUAUCGGUAUCGUCGAUACGCCUAAGACCCAAUCAAUGACAGCCCUAAAUGUAUAUGUGUACUAAGUAUAACUUCGACGUAUAUAAUUUUGAAAAGAGGCAGUGCGAAAAAUAUAUCGCUACUAUUCACUGGCCACGCAUUUCCUUUCCACUGCUUAAUCUGCACCGUUGACGAUUUAAACACCAGAAAGGCUACAAAAUGCGCCAAAAGGCACCAUUUUGCAACUAGAAAUUAACUAAGAAUGUAAAAUUAUUCCAGGCGAGCAUGCCCCCUAACCCCUAGAACAAUAGCUUACACUUCCAUUUUGGCCCAGCUACACUGACACGGGUGUACUUUCUUUGAGGUACCGUAGUUGCCCCCCCCCCCCCCCCCCCCCCUCCCCUCGAUCUACACUUCAUGAGGAAAAAUAGUUAACGUCCUUAUAUACACAAAAAAUGCACCAUUUGGUAUCUAUACUGUAAGAAGCAUGCUCCCUAACCCUCUUAGGACAGUGGCCUUAACUUCCAUUUAAGCCUAGGUACGACCCUGAAGUAUGAAUUUUGCCAGAAAGCACGAUAUUUUGCAUUUAGAAUGUAAAAAUCUUUCGGA